AUGACUGUGGACUGUGGACUGUGGACUGUGGACUGUGGACUGUGGACUGUGGACUGUGGACUGUGGACUGUGGACUGUGGACUGUGGACUGCUGCCACUCCCUUCAUUUGCAUUUCUGACACAAUCGAAGAGGCACGACAUACUGCACUGAGACUCAACCUCCCUCCAAAGCCGUUUCUGCAAGCUUCCUCUUCGCCCAAAUCUGACUCUGACCCCAUCUCACUCAGAUCUCAAUCAAUCUCAAUCAUCAAACAGCAUCAAACAGUACUGACUCGCUCUCACAAGUUUACUGACCGUGACCACGCCGGCAUUGCUGAAGGCACUGCUGAGCGUGAAGCGAGGCUUCCUCGUUACUUUGCAAAGUCCGGCCAUGCUGACACCGACCCAACCAAGACCAAGAAGGGUGGCAGUGGAAAGGGCAAUUGGGGUGCCGCCGGUGAUGAACUCGAAGACAUCAGGCCCAACAUGGCCAAUGAACGCCGCCGAAGCAACUCGUCCACUCAUAACACAAAGGACUUCAAGACCAAGUUCGAGACUAUCGAGACAGAGCCCGUCUUUGAAGAAGAACUUCAUGGCCCCAUGGGCGAGGAGCUUGAGAAGCAGAGCACCACCUCCACCGACAAGAGUGUCGAGGAGGAGGACCAUGACAAGAAGUUGUAA